AUGAGCGGAGGAGUGAAUUUUAAAGUCAUACCUCAGAGUCAGAGCGACACGGGUGUCAGCUCGACUCUGCCUUUACCUCGGCGUAUGAUGCCUCUCUCAAAGAUGGAUCCAAAACAACAACAAUACAGCGCCCUCUCCAAUCCCACUGCGCAGUAUCAGCACCCCGCCAAGAGACGGCCUUCCUACCCUUUAUCUUCAGUUUCCUCAGGUCCUGCAGAGCUGCUCAGAGGAGCCGCUUUAAAGAACCACCUGAUGCAGCACAGAGCUGGCGUGCAUCCUCACAGAAGCCCGGCAGCUACAGAGCGAACUGACGGGACAUGCUCGGCCUACAGCAGCCCGCAGAUACCAAAGAGACAAGCCCCGCGCUCGAAAGAUACACUCGAUCUCCGCACCAGCACGCUGACCCAGAAGGCUUUGAGAGACCUCCAGCUGAGACGAAACGCAAACCAGAAUUGGACAUUCGGGAAAUAUCGCCUGAGGAGUGUAGACAAUGCGACUGAAGAUGAUGCUUUGUUUCAGAUGAGCCAGGAAAGAAGACGUCUGCUUCACAGUAAGAGUGCAAAUGGAAACGAGGAACCGGGGGUUUCUUCAGCUAGAGUGGGAAAGAUCUCCAGUCAGGGACAACGAGGAUACAAAAGAGAGGUGUCCAGUAACAACCAAAGGUCUUCUUUUCAAACAUUCAACAUGCCAAGACGAGCCAGUGAGCCAGGACAAGUCAACAUGGCUGCUGUUGCUCCCUUCAGGUUCAGGUUUCAGGUCCACGAGGAUGCAGAUGCCACUCUCGAUGAUCUCAGUGACUGUUCCUCAGACUCCAUGGAGGUGUGCUGCGAGGAUCUUGGAGGAAUGCUUGGAAAUAGUGUGAGAGGCAGAAAAGGAGAUUUGAAGAUGGAAAGGACUGAUAGCACAAAGGCAUACGGCCAAGCAGAUGGCAAAGGAGUUGGUAUGGCAGCUAAGAGGGCCAAAUCUGGAGUGCCCCAGAGCACACCGCGAGGUGAGCUGAAGGUAUACCGGGCUGGAAGCUCUGAUGGCAGGAUACCAGUAUCUUCCAGUCUCCGCAAGCAGAGGUCCAUGACAAACUUGGCCGUACUCACUGAUGCUGAAAAGAAGUUACACCUUUAUGAACCCAAGUGGUGCGAUGACAUGGCCAAGCCUGGAGCGGGGCAAGCAAAAACGGGCAAGCCAAAGACAGCAGGGGGUGGCAGCAGUGCCGGAGGGGGUGCCCCACUCUCUCGAAACCUUUCCAAAUCUGAACACUCGCUGUUCCAAGGCAAACCUAAGCCCUUCAGCCCUUUGGCUGCUCCCUCUCCUCUGAGCAAGCAGAGCCGCAUACCUCGUGGUCCUUACGCCGAGGUGAAGCCCCUGAGCAAGGCACCUGAGGAUGGAAAGUCAGAUGAUGAGAUCCUAUCUAGCAAAGCAAAGGCUAAUGCUAAGAAACCAGGAGCUGGGGCUGAGUCCGGAUCUAAAGGCCAGGGGGAGGAAGGGGGAGACAAAGCCUUCUUAAAAGUGGAUCCAGAACUGGUGGUGACGGUGCUGGGCGAUCUGGAGCAGCUGCUCUUCAGUCAGAUGUUGGACCCUGAGUCCCAAAGGAAACGGACCGUGCAGAAUGUCCUUGACCUCCGCCAGAAUUUGGAGGAUACAAUGUCGAGCCUGCGGGGCUCCCAGCUCAGCCAUAGCUGUAUGGACAGCAGCAACGUGGGCUACGACAGUGACGAAACCAACGCUCGCAGCAUAUCCAGCCUGUCCAACCGCUCCUCCCCUCUCUCCUGGCGUCACGGACAGUCGAGCCCUCGUCUCCAAGCGGGCGACGCUCCGUCCUCUACGGGAGGAGGAUAUCAGGGGAGCAAGAGCGCCUCCCAGUACACGGCCCACACCAUGCCGGCUCGCUGCUCCAGCCGGCUCAACAGCACGUCUCGCAUCGAGCUCAUCGAAGGGCUGGACGACACCGAGCUCAAGUCUGGUUACCUGAGCGACAGCGACCUGCUAGGAAAGAGCCUGCCGGAUGAUGACGACGACAACCUGGCGAAUGGUUGGGACGAGAGCAGCUCCAUCAGCAGUGGACUGAGUGACGGUGAUGGUGAUGGCUCGGAGAAUCUCAGUUCAGAGGAGUUCAACGCCAGCUCCUCCCUCAACUCCCUCCCGAACACUCCGCUGGGAUCCAGACGCAACUCCUCUGCCAUGCUCCGCACCGACGCAGAGAAGCGCUCCCUGGUGGAGAGUGGACUUUCUUGGUACAGUGAGGACGGAAAGGCCUGCCAUAAGCUUGAUAGUAGCAGCUUUGACACAGGGAGUCUCAAGACAGAGGCCCCAAGCAAGUGGAGGAAGAAACCUCCAAGUCUCAGUGAAGAUUUUGGGGUUAAAGGAGAGUUGAAAAAACCUCAGAGUUUGGGUCAACCAGGAAGUUUCAAAAAGGGUCGUAAUCCGCCUAUAGGAGUGACCUCCCCUAUCACACACACGUCUCAGAGCACACUAAAAGUCGCAGCACACAAAACUGAGAAACCCACGGAUAAAUCCAGGAUGUCGGUCAAAACUGCUUGUCUCCAACGUUCUCGUUCUGAUGCUGGAAGAGAUCAUCAUGGAGAGCAUCGGAAGCCCCCAUCAGGUCUCGUUAAACCCACUGCUGGAGCUUCAUUUCUCUACAAGAAACCACCAACAGCUACUGGUACCGCCACUGUGAUGACAGCAGGGGGAGCUACCAUCUCCAGUGGCUCUGCUACUUUGGGGAAAACCCCCAAGUCAUCUGGCAUCCCUGUGAAGCCUGUAGGAGGAGGACCACCCACGGGUCGAAAGAACAGUUUCGAUGCCAGCAGCGAACAGGGUUUUCUGGGGCCAAACGCCCGCAACAGCAUUCAGUACCGCAGCCUGCCUCGACCAGCCAAAUCCAGCACACUCAGUGUGAUUGGUCGCCCGGCAUGUAGGCCUGCCAGUGGUAUCAUUGACCCCGGUCUGUUGGCUUUGAAACCCGUCCCCAUGGCCUCCACAGGCCCCAGGAUCAAAGAAUUGAGUAGCGGUAAGAUGGCUAAUCGAACAAUCACAGGACCGGUGAACCAAACGGACAGAGAGAAGGAGAAGGAGAGAGCCAAGGCAAAGGCUGUGGGCGCUGACAUGGACUGUGGUUCCCUGAAAAGAGAUGAGUCUCUGUCCACAGGAGAGUCUGCUGUGAAGCUGCACGGCCUGAGACGGACCAGCAGCAGCAAAUACCCAGAGCUGUCAUCUCCCACCACACCAAGGAUGCUGAACACAAAGUCUCUUGGUCGUCCCCCAAGCUUGGCUCACCUGGACAAAGUCAACUCCAACAGUCUAGACUCCUGUAUGUUGAUCCAGGACCUCCCUCCAAAAGUCCCUCCAUACUCCAAGCUGCAGGACUUGGCUGGUUCCCACGUCUCUUCCCGUCUCACUCCCAGCCCAGCGCCUUUGCUCCACAUUGAUUCCCCAGGCUCCUACACCAGUGAAAGCCUGAGUCUGAGCGGGUCACCGCUGCUCUACCCCAAACUGACAGGCAUGCACCGCAGCAUGGAGUCCCUGCCCCUGCAGAUGAGCGUGCCUUCCAGUGCCAGGUUUGUUAGAGCUGAGUCGCAUCACAAAGAGGAGAGGGGCACAGGAACCUGGGGAGCAGGAAGCAGGACAUCCCUCAACCUACCAGAUAGCUUGCAGACGGACAGAAACACCCUACCAAAGAAAGGCUUAGAACGCUAUGGCUCAAGCCUGUCAGAUAGUGAUGGAGGCAAACCGGGACGGCGCCACUCCCACACCAUAGCGAGCAUGACAGAGAGCAAUAGCCCCCCUCAGCUGCCUUCUCCCACCCGCCACCUCCUCCCCUCCUCUGGCAAGGCUCCUCUCACUAACGUGGUUGCCCCAAUUUCUAGUGGUACCCCGAGGAUAUCACGCUCCAACAGCAUUGGCCCCCCCGGUGAGUCAGCCUGUGAUCUCUAUGGAUCCUCCCCCCUGGGCAGCAGUAUGUCCCUGGCUGACCGGCCAAAAAGCAUGAUGCGCUGUGGGUCUUUCCGAGAACAAGGGGACGAUGUGCAUGGCUCUGUUCUGUCUCUGGCAUCCAAUGCUUCAUCCAACUAUUCUGCGAGUGAGGAGAGGAUUCAAGGAGAGCAAAUCCGCAAGUUGAGGCGAGAGCUGGAGUCCUCCCAGGAAAAGGUUGCUGACUUGACCAUGCAACUUUCUGCCAAUCUAGGCCAGGCUAAUCUGGUAGCAGCAUUCGAACAGAGUCUGGCACUGAUGACAGCACGCCUGCAGACCUGUCAGUUUUCCUCAGAUCAAAAGGACUCUGAGCUCAGUGACCUGAAGGACACCAUUGAGAUUCUUAAAGUCAAAAACACAGAGGCCCAAGAAAUCAUCCAAGGAGCUCUCAAUAAUCAGGACUUGUUACCUAAAGAAACAGAACCACUUAUCAAUCGCCAGAACUCCUCAGAAAGCAUCUGCAGUCUCACCAGCACCACAAGCCACUCCAGUAUGGGGAGUCUUAAGGAGCAGGAGGCCAAGAAGAGAAGAAGAAGAGCUGGAGCCCGGACUGAAAAAGCUCGAAAGUCUUUGGACUUCAAACAGGCUCUGGAAACAACCAACAAGCUCAUGUCGGUUGAUAUGAGAGUGUGGGCAGGCUUAUACUUAUUACGCAGCUCCUUCAACAAGGCCUUCAGUAAGAAGGGCUCAAGGCAGGACCGUAUGCUGACAUCGAGAGAUUUCCACCCAGAAUCCUCUGCACCUUCCUCCCCCAAAGUCCACCAUGAGAGCUAACCUUCCAUCUUCACUGAUAUCCUCACCUCUGAAACGUCAGUGGGACUCUGUGAAGGAGGUGAGGAGGAGGGCGAUAAGGUGGUAACAGAGCUGCGCUCAGAGCUGUGGGAGAAGGAACGUAAACUGACAGACAUCCGCCUGUAGGCUCUGAGCUCUGCCCAUCGCCUGGAGCAGCUGCAGAUGCCAUGACCACAUGCAGGUGUGACAGUGCGAGACCUGAAGGUUGAGAACGACCAUCUGAAGACAGGCACUCCCUGUCCAUCUCCUGGACCCUCCAGCUCUGCCUCACAGUCCUCAGGUCUCACCACUCUGUGCAGUACAUCUCCUCGACAGUCUGUGGCCAUGAAUAUGCCCAAAAGCUACAGCAGAGGGAUGAGUGAUGGGGGCAGCUCAGACGUCCACUCCACGGACUCCCUCAUGCUCUCCUCUCAGAGAGAUGAUCAUCGUGUUCGCGUGGUGAUUUGUGUUGCAGAUUUACGUGUCUUUAAAGAAGAGGUGAAGCCUCAGGAUUUCUUUGUGGGCACAGUUCGGGUGAACGGCAGGAUGGACUGGCCCAUGCUGGACUCAGCUGUCAGUCAGGCUUUCAAGGUGUAUGUAGCAAAGGUUGACCCCACCUCCAGUCUGGGUCUGUCAACAGACUCCAUCUACAGCUACAGCAUGGGCCACAUUAAGAGAGUGCUGGGGGGUGAAGCUCCAGAGACGCAGCCCUCUCGCUGCAUGUCCCGAGGCCCCACUGGCAUCACAGUGGCUCUAAAAGGUUUGAAGGAGAAGUGUGUGGACAACCUGGUAUUUGAAACCCUCAUUCCUAAACCCAUGAUGCAGCACUACAUCAGCCUGCUCCUCAAACAUCGCCGUCUCAUCCUGUCUGGUCCGAGCGCGGGUAAGAGCUACCUGGCUUCCCGGCUGGCUGAGUACCUGGUGGACCGCAGCACUCGUGAGGUCACUGAAGGCAUUGUCGCCACUUUCAACAUGCACCGCCAGUCCUGCAAGGAGUUGCAGCUUUAUCUUUCCAACCUGGCCAAUCAGAUUGAUCGGGAAACCAGCAUGUCAGAGACUCCACUGGUGGUGAUUCUGGAUGAUAUUCAUGAGCCUGCUGCAAUCAGUGAACUUGUAAAUGGUGCUCUCACCUGCAAAUACCACAAAUGUCCUUACAUCAUUGGAACAAGUAACCAGCCAGUGAAGAUGAUCGCAAACCACGGCCUCCAUCUCAGCUUCAGGAUGGUGACCUUCUCUAACAACGUAGAGCCCGCCAACGGCUUCCUGGUGCGCUAUCUGCACAGGAAAAUGAUGGAGUCAGAGGAUGAAAGAAGCUUGACCAACGACGACCUGAUCAGGGUGUUGGACUGGAUGCCCAAACUGUGGUAUCACCUGCACGCCUUCUUGGAGAAGCACAGCACGUCAGACUUCCUCAUUGGCCCCUGCUUUUUCCUGUCCUGUCCCGUCACAGUGGACGAGUUUCGAUCGUGGUUCAUUGACCUCUGGAAUCACUCUAUCAUUCCGUACCUGCAGGAGGGAGCCAAAGACGGCAUCAAGGUCCACGGCCAGAAGGCGGUAUGGGAGGACCCGGUGGAGUGGGUGAGGGGCACCCUGCCUUGGCCGUCUGCCCAGCAGGACCAAGCAAAACUUUUCCACCUUCCUCCCCCUAGCAUCGGCUCCAGCAGCCCCGGUCAGUUCUGCGAGGAGAGGCCUCACAAGGAAACCCCACCCAGCUCCAUGGAAUCUGAUCCAUUGAUGGCAAUGCUUUUGAAACUUCAAGAGGCGGCCAAUUACAUUGAAUCCCCAGAAAAAGAAGACCCUAGCCUGCCUAAACUUUGAACACGAAGCUCACAUUUAUCACUUAGCACUUCAAAAUGUUUUUGUAUUCACUGUCAUGAGACGGUGCUCAUUCAGGAACAAACAAACCCUCAGAAAUAGUUUUAGCUGGAUUUUAACUGUUAACUCCACAGUGCGUUUAACGUGUAACUAGGUUAUUACAAAUCAUCUUAAUACAUACGCUAUCUAAAUAAGACUGUUUACAAGUACUGAAUGAAAAGACAUAUUCUAUAAAUGUACUCUAUAUUUGACAGGAUGACAUUCACUUCACCUCACAUCCCUCUCAGCCACGUUAGCCCUCAGCUCAUCUACAUCGGUGCUAGUUGAUCACUACUGAACUCAUCUUAGCACUUACGACUUCAGGUGAUUCCUGCAGCUGCACACACAGUCCUCCCUGCUCUGUGCUUGAGUGCAUCAUGGGAUACGCAGUGCUUGUCAACAGGAGCUAUUCUCAGUUUUCAUGUCUGGUUUUGGAAAAGAGUAUGACAGCAUCACAGAAGCUACUGUUUAUUGCAAAAGUCUUUGGUACAUAUCUACUGUAAAGUCUUCUAAGGCCAAAUCCUAGACAUAUGCAACCCUGAACUUUACAACCCGAGCAGGUCAAAUCAAAUAAAUGCCUUAAAAACAGACUUCAGCAUCACUUACACUUCAGCAGAGUUAAACCGGUGCUUUCAUCAUGUAUCAUGAUCAGCUGCAGCUGUCAGAGUCAGUCAGUCCCUUAACUGUUUCAGUAUUUCUUUCAAUUUCUCUUCUUUUAUUUACAAUAUGAAAUGAUGAAUUAUUACAUGAUUAUAUGUUGGUACACAGUCACAUAUUUCAUGUAUGGUUAACAAAUCAGUCUUGCUGUCAUACUCUUUUUCAUAAAACAAUAACUUCUAUAUUAGUGAUGAGCUCAUCACCUCCUCACUGCACAGUACCGUAUUUUCCAAACACUUAAUUCAGUUUUGGUGCUGCUCUGAGCAGUUUCACCAGUGUUGCCAUAUUUAUCAGGUGUUAGAAACACAGGGAUAUUAUAACAAAACAACGCCCUUAAAGAUUUAACAGAUUAAGUAAAUGCUUUUAUAUUAAAUUCAUACUUUGUUUGUAUGACAUUUAUCUAAGAAGGAGCACAGUUGCUUUAAAUCUCCCCCUCCAUAUCAGAGUAGUUAUGGUAUAUAUUAUGUACAUACAAUCAGGCUACGUCACAGUAUUUUAUCUGUAUUAGUUGGUGCAAUUAUCUCAAAUACUGAACCAAAUACUGUUCUUUAAUCGAGCAUAUUCACCGUCAAGUUAGGGUUUAAGUUCAGCUAUGAAUGUAUAGAAACACUUCUAAUGCGACCAUUUAACAGUAUGAAUCUUUAGACGGUGCUUUUAAGAAGCCUUAUCACAAAGCAAACACUUUAACAGCAGCUAAGUAGAGUGACUUUAAUGCUACCUAGGCUCAUUUCAUUUCCAACACGCCACAAGCAGAAUUUAAAUCUCAUUCUUAAUGUCACUCGUGCUCGCAUAAUCAUCAUUUAGGUACUUAUGGUGCUCUUUAACAAUGUCUGAAACCAUUUUAGUGCGAGUAAACAUCAUGUAGACUUUCAGGGUAGCUUAGAAAAGAUGUGAAAUGUGAAAAAUAGAUCUGGAAGAUAAUCUCUGUGUUGGUGAAAAGUAUUGAAGACAUCCGUAGAGGCAGUGGAGUCACUGUGAGACAUUGUACGGUGCGCGCCCAUGUUGAUGUCGUACGGUAUUCAUGUGUAGGAACAUUUAGGUACACAUCGGACAAAUUAACUGAUAACGGAGACAAAAGUGAAAAGCUGAAAAUGAAACCUUUUUUAAGGUACUUUGGCAGGAGUUGAUGAAUAAGCACAUGUUAGUGCAAGUGGUGUCCAAGUUUUCCACCUCUUCAUUCCAAGCUGUGUCAUAGUCCAGGUGCUCAGACUUAACUUCACAUGUACAUAAAUCCUGUAAAUGAAUGUCAGCUUGUGUAACAGCUUGAUAAGAAAGUGUAACAUUUGAAAUAGUUUGAGCUGCUCUUUGCUUCAUUGUUGCACUUUAUGCAUUUGGCUGGUAAAAAAAAUUCAAGCUAACUUGCAGCUCUGAUUGGUCUGUAAACACAAAACGAUGGAAUGAAUUUAAACCGAGCAAAAAGAUGCUUCUGACCAGCGACAGUCACGCUGGUCACAUGCCAAUUGAGCUGAUGUAAAUAUCCCUGGUAUUAGACUGUAUUACCAGCCACUCCCUGGUCAGAAUCUGCAGGUUCACAAAAGCCAUCAUCUCAACCUUCUCAUCCCUUCCUCUGGUUGUUGUGCCUGUUGCUCUGUAGUAGCUGUGAUUUGUGUUUGCUUACUAGUGUAUCAGGACUAUGCAGCAACUUCUACUGGUGUUAGCAAUCAGCAAAUCUCUGAACCUUACAAACUAACGCAGUGUUUUCACGUCAGUUUUUUUAGUACUUAAAUUGGACCAAAUCGCAGGAUGAAAGUACAAAAAGUUAGCUUGGAAGAGGUGACACGUGAGCCUUAAAAUGAGAUGGAUUUGUUUGGUAUUGAGAUGAAAACAGGGUUUAUAGAUGUAAUAUAAAGAAAUUAGGAUAUUUGGAAGCUGUUUUGUGUGUUUUGUCCUUUUGAAAAGCAACAAAAGUGUAAAAACUAGACUUGAAGUGGUCAAAAAAUGAUAAACAAUUUACAGAAAAGAUUAGAAAUCACAUUAAGAGUCUAAAUAGUUUUCAAGAAUUAGCACUUCAUUGUUUGCAUAAGUACAUUUAAGUAGAAUCAAACCAGAACAUGUUGCUGAAUAGUCUAUUUUUGCAAAGCUUUAUGUGGACUAUACAAAGAGUUAAAAAAAAAUAUGUUAUGCGGUAUCUAAUGUCACUGGCGUGCAAAUGUUAAGGGUUUCUAAGUGUUGUAAAUGCAUGUAAAGUUGCUGUGCGAUGAGAAAACACAUUAAUGUAUUGUUUAGGAAAACCUACAUUCUACAUUCCUUUUAAUACUCCAAUAUUUGAUAUUUCUGUUUCUUUUUUUCUAAAGAAUCCUUUGUAAAACUUAAUUUCUCUAUUUUGUACAGGACAUCAUUGUAAAGAUUGUAAAUAGGUCAGCAUUCUGGAUGCGGCAACAAUCAGAACGAGGGGGUAGAAAUCAUCCUUGAGAGAAAAGGUAUAUUUCGUGGGAGGUGGGUCCAGAACUUGGAUAAGACAUGUUUCUGAGGCUUUCAUCCACCUAUCACUGAUUGUUGGAAUCAAUAAAAUACAUGUUAUAUUUAAGCUGUU